AACAACACGGGGUUUGCUGCUCAGCUGUGAAUAAGCACAGAACGAAAAAAACGACAUGAUGGGGAAACGCUCAGCUCGCUACGAUAUUUUCAGCAGCCUCUCAGUCCUCGCCUUUUUUUAAUUUCCUAAUAUGUUCUUUGCUUUAUUAGUUUUAUUUACAACCAGCUCCCCAUUAACACCUCACCUGAUUACUGAGGAGCUGAGACAGCUAAUCAAGAAAAUCCAGCAAACCAGCCAAAAUUGAGAGGGAUCCUCUGCUAGGAACAAGGAACAACCUCCAUCUACUGGCUAGAUCAUUGCGUCUCUUCUCCAUCCAAACCCCAUCCCUCAUCACUCAUUAAGCAGGAUACAAUUUUGGAAGAAGCUUCUAAGGUCUCAAGGAAGCCCUCGGUGCUUGUGCAAAGAGAAGCUCCUAUUGCAACCUCCCGCCCUGCGCUGUGCGCCUCGGUGUAAACAUUUUGGAUGAUCUAAAGACUCUGGGGUCUGUAUAUGGAAAUAGUGGGGUGCAGAGCAGAAGAAAAUACUUGUCCUUUCCGUCCCCCAGCCAUGCUUUUCCACGGGAUCUCCGGAGGCCAUAUCCAAGGAAUCAUGGAGGAGAUGGAGAGGCGAUCCAAGACCGAGUCCCGCCUGGCCAAAGGGGGACAGAUGAACGGCCGAGAAACGAACAUGCCCCCAAUGAGCCCCGAGAAGCCUGCUUUGUGUGCUGGUUGUGGAGGGAAGAUCUCAGACAGAUAUUACCUGCUGGCUGUUGACAAACAAUGGCACCUCAGGUGUCUUAAGUGCUGUGAAUGUAAACUGGCUUUGGAGUCAGAACUCACCUGCUUUGCCAAGGACGGCAGUAUUUACUGCAAGGAGGAUUACUACAGAAGGUUCUCCGUGCAGAGAUGUGCCCGCUGCCACCUUGGGAUCUCAGCCUCUGAAAUGGUCAUGAGAGCCAGGGAGUCGGUUUAUCACCUGAGCUGCUUCACCUGCACCACCUGCAACAAGACUCUGACCACAGGCGAUCACUUUGGCAUGAAAGACAACCUGGUUUACUGCAGGGCCCACUUCGAGUCCCUUUUGCAAGGAGAAUAUCCCCCUCAGCUGAGCUACACCGAGCUGGCUGCCAAGAGCGGAGGGCUGGCCCUGCCUUACUUCAACGGCACUGGCACAGUCCAGAAGGGGAGGCCCAGGAAACGAAAGAGCCCUGCCUUGGGAGUGGACAUCGUCAACUACAACUCAGGUUGUAAUGAGAACGAGGCAGAUCACCUGGACAGAGACCAGCAGCCUUAUCCCCCAUCCCAGAAGACAAAGCGCAUGCGCACCUCCUUCAAACACCACCAGCUUCGUACCAUGAAGUCCUACUUUGCUAUCAACCACAACCCAGAUGCCAAGGACCUCAAGCAGCUUGCCCAGAAAACAGGCCUGACCAAGAGAGUUCUGCAGGGAGAACAAAUCAUGGGGCAUUACAGCCAAACAUCCCGACGUUUGAAAAUUCCCUAAAGUAUUAAAAGAAGGGGAAAAGUUUGAUCGGAAAUCCACUGCAGUGAAGACAAAGACAAUAUUAGGUUAUGAUAAUCAUACAUUUAAAAAUCUAUUGAGCCAAAAAAUAAAAAUUAAAGACUUGAUGUCAUUUCCUGAAUGUUAACAAAACAUGUUAUUUUAUGGUGUCUAAUUAACAGAACUGAAGGCUUCAACAAAUUGUGUGGUAUUAAAAACAAAUUUAGAGAAACUAUGUAUAAAACCAGAGCAACCUGGCAGCAAUCUACCCAGCCCAUAUUCGAAGAAAACUUUUCUUAAAAAAAAAAUCACAUUUGUCAAGCACAAGUACUUGUAAAAUAAAAUCUGAGUGCAUUCAUUCCACUUGCUUGCUAAUGUGUGCUAGUCAUAUCUGUUAAAUGGAUUUUUGUAAAUUCAAAGAGAACUUUUCACUCAUUCGAGAUCAUAGGAAUCAAAACCCAGUAAUUUUAGUACUAUUGUUUCUGAAUUCUUUUUUUUUUAAAUGAGACAAAUCUGCAUGCACUUUUCCAUCUGUCACAUAUAGUGUACAUUUCUGUAUGAUGAAUUUCUCUUUGAUGUUUCUUGUAUAAUAGCUUUCAUUAAUAAACAUUUUAUUUGAUGCAAACAUAGUUAACUUUAUGCAAACACAUAGCUAAUUGUUCCAACUAAUUUAAACUUUUCUUUUGAAAAGAAGCAGUACAGUGCAGUUCCAAUAUGUUAUAUAUACCUAAAAUCACAACGAAUGAGGCAGCAAUACUGUUGCACAGUGUCAAAUUAUUUCCUUUGGUGUUAACUUUUUUCAUUUUUUAACUUCUUGUAUAAAACUGACAUGUUUUAAAAAAAUUCCCAUCAGCAUCAACAAUAAAACAAUCCCCAAAUUCUUCAUCAAUAUAAGAAACUAUAAGCAGUACAGUAUGUAAAAUCCUCAAUGACUUUUAGAGUACAAGGAUAUAAUUUGUGGAUCCCUGAGCUGUUUACAUGGUCACUAUGCAAUGAGCAAGUAUGUUACAAAAAGUUGGUCCUAAGAUUUCCAGUCCAAAUCACAGGUGAUUUUUACAAGCCAACAAGCAAGUGUAACAACCAAUUCUUAGUAAUGAGGUUUUGUAACUGUUAAGCAACUAUUUGCAGAAAGAUUUUUUAAAAUAUAUUCCUAUUUAGCUGUAUAGCCAAAGCGUAUGUUAAACAAAUUAACAUAUAAAAGACUUGCCAGAAAAUCUUUCAUUAAGAUGACAUUUUUAUUAUAUACUAAUGAACCCUAUGUAAACAAUGUAACUUUUAUGAAUGAUGGACAUUAAAUAUUUCACUUACGUGUA